AUAUCGCCACAUUAAUCGCGUAUUAUGUCUACGUUUAUUAAACGAAAUAUCAAAAACAAGGGCGCUAGGAAGCGCAAACAAUCGUCCGACUCGGAUGAGGCAGAACAAGAAUCUCCAUCAUCGUCCGUUGUUGUCACACAAGAUAAGCGCAAGAAGGCGAACCCAAACGUUCAAUCUACUUCAGCCCUUAGGAAAAAGCAAAACCAAUCAUCAACCAACCCCGACGCGUCGCACUCGAGCGAGGAUGAAGCGAGCGUUGUCGUGAGCUACAAGUCCAAACGGUCAGCCCAAGCAGAAGGGCCGCGCGAUCAGGGUGCAACGGCAGAGCUGGAAAUCGAAACGGAAAAGGAUCGCGAUGCACAAGCCAUCUAUCAGAAGAGCAUCGACAUCAACAAAGAGCUGGAGGGCAAGGAGGAUGACAAGGUGUACCGGGGGCUGAACAAUUACACACAGUUUUACAAGAAGAAAGAUAGCGCCCAAGGCAAUGCUGCAUCGGGCAUGGUAAGGAAAGGGCCGAUCCGAGCGCCGGCCAAUAUUCGAUCCACCGUCCGGUGGGACUAUCAACCGGACAUUUGUAAAGAUUACAAAGAGACGGGAUAUUGUGGGUUUGGCGAUAGUUGUAAGUUUUUGCACGAUCGAAGCGAUUACAAGCAUGGGUGGCAGAUGGAGCAGGAAGGUCCGGGCGCUGGCCAUAAUCAUGGGGAUGAUGAUUCGGAUGGGGAUGAUACGAAGUAUGAAAUUCAUUCUGAUGAUGAUGAGCUGCCGUUCAAGUGCUACAUCUGUCGAGAGAGUUUCGUCGAUCCGAUUGUAACGAAAUGUAAGCAUUACUUUUGCGAACGAUGUGCUUUGGCGCAGUACAAGAAGUCCACGCGUUGUGCGAUCUGUGGAGUGCAGACGAAUGGAAUGUUUAAUCCAGCUAAGGAGCUCAUUGCACGACUGAAAACUAGAGAGAUGGAGGAACACUCCGAUAGUGAUUAAGA